AUGUCCCAAUCUAAAAGCUUAGCUUCAUUGCCUAUUUUCCAAGCAUCUCUUUCAGCGAGUCAAUCUCCACGUUAUAUUUUCACUUCUCAAAAUGGUACAAGAAUAGUCUUCAUUCAAGAUAAUAUAAUAAGGUGGUACAAUGUACUCACCGAUCCGUGUUACCAUAGUUUAAGCUUAAGUCGUCAUCUGGUCUUAGAUGAUACCUUCCAUGUGAUAUCUAGUACAUCCGGUGACUUACUUUGUUUUUUUAAUGACCAAGAAAUCUUUGUAAUGGAAGUUCCCUGGGGUUAUUCCAAUGUUGAAAAUAUUUCUAUUCAAGAUGCAUUCCAAGUUUUCCACUAUUCUGUUGAUGAAACUGAACUUGGCCCCAAAUCGCUUAUCAAGAAAGUCUUAUUUCAUCCGAAGAGUUACCAUGAUUCUUGUAUAGUGGUCCUAAAAGAGAACGACACUAUCAUAAUGUUUGAUAUUCUCAAUCAACAAGAAAAGCCUAUCAUUCUAAAUAAACCUAAUAACUCCUUUGGUUUAGAUGCACGCCUUAAUGACAUCACAGAUUUGGUAUUUAGUAAAGAUGGGUUGACAUUAUAUUGUCUAAAUACUACAGAAGGUGGUGAUAUCUUUGCAUUUUACCCAUUUUUACCAUCUGCCUUAUUGUUGAAUGAAAAUGAUCUCAGCUGGAUUUUAAAUAAAUCGUUAGUAAUGUACGAGUCCCUGGAUCCAACAACAGAUGUUACGGUCAAAAGAAACAUUAUCAAACAAUUGCAGUUUGUAUCAAAACUUCACGAAAAUUGGGACUCUAAACUUAACAAGGUCGAUAUAGAUAGCGAAUACCGUUUAGUAAAAGUGCAAGGUCCAUUCACCAUAAACCCCUUUCCAAACGAGUUGUAUGAUUAUACUGCAAAAAAUAUCGCAACCAUAUCAAUUGACAAUCAACAAAAUGAAAUUUUUUGUAUUAGUUUUGACGAUGGGUCCUUAAUCUUGUUAUUAAAAGAUUUGGAAAUGUCAAUGUCAUGGGAUGUGGGAAAUUAUGUUUAUAAUGAUUCCUUAGUUCUAAUUGAACGUGUUAAAAUGCAAAAAGAAAUCGAAUCCCUAAUAACACUACCAGAACAAAUGGGGAAAUUAUACGUUUUUUCCAAAAACUUUGUAUACCAAGUGAACUCCACAAGCUGGACUUCUACAAUCAGCAAAUGUAUAAACGAAUCUGACUUAAAUCCACUUGGAGAUUUGAAAUUUGAAAGUAAAAUUGAAAAUAUAGCAACCGUAGAAGGAAUGCCGAAUCUAGCGCAUAUCUACUGGAAUAAUACGUCCAAUUUAGCUUUAGCGUCAAAUAAGGAAUUAACGUUUCAAACUGUAUCAGUCGAUCAGAAAAUGCAAAGCACGGAAACUGAAACUGAUAUAGGGACGGAAGAGAGUGGCUUGGCAAAAUGUCGUUAUGAAUUACGUUUCACACAACCCCUAAGUGAGAUUCUGACGUUAAACGAGAACUUUCAGAGAGCUUGUAUUAGCCCAUGUGAACAGAUUAUCCCAUCAACAGAUCGCCAGAUACCUCUAAAAAAUGAAGCGAGCGAAAACCAAUUGGAAAUUUUCACAGAUGUUUCGAAAGAAUUUCUGCAAAAAAUUGCCAAAGCUCAAUCCUUAGGUGUUUCUAUAUACAACAGAAUUCAUGAGCAACAGCUUGAACUAACACGUCAACUACAAUCCACAUGUAAGAUAAUUUCUAAAGAUGUUGAUUUACGAAAAAAAUUUGAAGCACAAAAUAAAAAAUGGGAUGCUCAAAUAAUUAGACAAUCAAAACUGAUGGAGAGAUUUAGCAAAUUGACCGAAAACCUUUCGGAGAUUUCCAAAUCUAAUAAGUUUAAAGAAAAGAAUAUAAGUAAUGCUGAGAUGGAAUGGUUCAAAGAGAUACGGAAUCAGAUAUUGCAGUUUAACUGUUACGUCCACUCUCAAAAAUCCCUUCAGCAAGAUUUAUCGUAUUUGAAAAGGGAAUUGACUCGCAUUGAAACUGAGACUAUCCAAGUUGACAAAAAAAGCCAAAGUGAAUGGAAUGAACUACGUAAAAUGCUUGAAAUAGAUUCAAAGAUUAUUAAAGAGUGUAACGAAGAACUGCAGCAUGCUUCUCAACAACUCACUACUAAAACGCAAUGA